UCAAAACUCAUCGAAAUUAUUAUUUUGAGACUAAAUGUUAAACAGAAAAAAAAUUGAAAGAGUUAAUUCGUGUAAUUUGGAUAAUUUUGUUCAAUUUAAUUUUAAACGGUCUCAAUUCUCAAUUGAAUUUGUGAACUGAUCUCGUCCACCCUAUAUGACAGCGAGAGAAUGGAUGUUCCGAUCCGGAUCGCUAUUACAAAAACAUUGUAAAUUGUGCAACGAAGCCGUUGUUUUACGAACUAAACACAUCCAUAUUUUAGUGCAAAUGAUCUGGUUUCCAGUAUAAACGUUAAGAUAGUAGCCUUCGUAAAGCGGUGACGAUCAACACUAUCUACGCCAUAUCACUUACACCGGAAAAGAAAAGACUGCUGAUGCAAAGAAUCUACACCGAAAUCCACCAGAACGGACCACCGUUGUCGGAGGAUCUAGUGCGGGACUUGUGCAAUCGGCUGAAUCAAUGCUACGAGGUACGGUUCGAAUCGAUUGCAUGUGCUAUGGAGAUUAUAAUGAAGCUCUUAACGAACGGUGUGGCAAGGGAUACAGUAAUAGGCUCUUAUCGCAAACUUUUAUCAUACGUUUCAAACGUCCUGGAACCGGACAACUGUGCCAAACUGGCAAACUAUCUAAGCAGGAUAUCAUUUAUCGUGCUUGAAGGCGGUACCCCUUCUUCCGAUUGCUUUCCCGUAGCGAUAAUGAAGUGCAUUCUAGUGCUGAUGUACCGUUUGCCGGUCGAAACCCUAGCAGAACGACAACCCAUUCUCCACGCGGUACGAUCAACGCUCGAAUGGUGCCGACACAAUUCGGCCCUCUACAACCAGUGCGGUAUCGGUACGCUUGUGCGCAGCAUCAUCCUGUCCACCAAACAGCUGCCGGAUGAUGUCACCGUAGCAACCGAACUGACCGUACUUGCUCACGCCCUGCUGGACGUGUUCUACUGUCCGCAAACGAAUGCCGUUCAUCCGGUGGAAGUCCUAUUACGGUUAACGUACGAGGAGAUAUUCGCACGCCUGGUAACGGAAUGGACCGCGCCUAGGAGCUUUGAACUGUUGCUGUACGUGCUGUACGGUAUGCUGAAGCGUGAUAUCUUUACCCACCUGAAGCUGGCCAUCGUUCGGUUACUAUCGGACGCGGUUGGUGGCGGUACGAGACGUUUGGUCCGGUUGCUAUGCAUCGGGAAGCAUUUGCAGCAUGGCGUUCUAAGGCACAAGGUAAAGACGAUCCUCACGAUAGUGCUCUCGCACAGCCUGUUUCAAUACGAACCGGCGAAACGGACGGUACAUUUUCGAGCAUUUCUGAAACUGAUCGAAAAAACUAUACAAGACAUCGAUCUGACGCAGCUGGCGAAUGCCAAGUUCCUUUGCUUAAACAUUCCCCGUGCCAAGCUUAACAUCGAGAGUGUUGCAUUCGUGUUCAUGGUACGGCAUCUCGACAUGCUCGAUGGCAUUAGCAGCCCCAGCGUGGAGCUGGACUACAUCUACAACCUCAUCGCAACGGUCAACAUCAUUUACUACAAGCGUUGGAAGGUGCCCAGCUUUCUUGUGAAACACCUCAUCGAAGGACUAUCGCGAUACUCAAACUGCCAUGCGUUCGUGAAGAAUGUGUCCCAGCCAGAGCAAAAGUUGCAAGCCAUCCUGUCCAGCGAAGCACGAACCGUACAAGCUCACAAAGCAGCGGAGAACUUUUUCGGACGACUACCGGUAACGGUGCACCGUAUCGAGUGGUUGCUUCAGCUGCCGUCGAAUCAUUUCGGCGAAAGGUUUAUCUUUCACCAGCAGAUGGCCAUUCUGCAGGAGCGCACGAUCCUGUGCAGCGAUGACGUAUGGGCCACUAAGCUACUAACGAUGUUUAGCAGCAAAACGCUCGUCGCCGUACUGUCGACUGGUAAAGCUUCCGCUACGGCACGUUCGAACGCUUCCGUACUCCUGUCGAAGUGUAGCCUUGCCGGGCCGCUUCUUAAAACGGUGCUGCGCAACAUCGCUUCCAUCUGUCGGCAGCAACGAAGCGGUGGUGACAUUGCGUCCCACAAUUGGAUGAACUGGGUACGAGCCGUCUACGGAACCGUGCACACGCUGGACAGUGUUUCGAGCCGGAACCUUUGGUGCGAACUUUCGCUCAUAGAGCAGCAGAGCACGUGUAGCAGCAGCGAGCAGCGGAUGCUGCUGGUAGAUUUGCGUGCCAGUCUGCUCGUUGCAAUGCUACCGGGCAGUAAAGCUACCGUGCAACGGGACCGAAGCUAAUCUAAACUGACCAAACAUUAUGUACAUUUGAGUAUAGUUUUUUUUUUAUUCUCACGGCUUUCGUUUUGCGGGCUUUUGCUUGGUUAAAUUGUGUGACUGCUACUCUCUCUCUCUUCACACAACCGAUGAUGCUGAGAUAUAGGAGAAGUUACGAAGCAUCGAUCCGCUUAGUGUAUAAUAGAACAUGAAUUAGGUUCACCGCAGCUUGCUUUGUCUGACAGGGAGUCUCUCUUUUGUAAAUGGUGUUAAAUUUUGUCCUUUACUUUACAAACUUAAAUUCUACACCUUCCAAUUUGUUACCUUUUGCUUUUCCUAUUUAUCUACCAUCUGCUCCAUCGCCGUCGUCGUCGCCUUUUUUUUCUUUUUCUCUUCAGUUCUUAUUCGUUUUUUGUUGUUGUUUUUGUUCUCUAAUAAAUUCCUCUUUCUUUUCCCAUAUCUGGUAACUGAGAGAAGAGUAAGGCUUUUCCUGUGAGCCUUCUUCUUCUGCCUGCUAAACGGUUCAAUUCUUAAGGAUCACUUUUUGUCGAAUGUGAGCAUAUGCUUAGGAUGAGUAGUAGAAGUAGUAGUAGUAGUAGUAGUGGUGGUGCUAGUAAUAGUCAGUAGUUGUAGUCAUAUAUAAUGCGGACCAAAAAUUUGUAUACCGCCUUCAAUUGAGCGCUCAUAAAUAUCUCCAGUAUCUGUGUUUUCGUAUAAAUAUAGAGAGUUUCGAUAUAAUUUCAAAUAGGUUUGUUUUUUUUCUCAAUGUCACGAUUAGUAGUUAACAGUAGUUCCGGGGUAAAUGUUUGUUCAGUUCUUUCUACGAUUGUUACCUCUUUUCAUUAUCAAAGUGUUGAUUAUACUUGUUUUGUAUUAUUAUUUUUUUACAGGGGUUUUCAGUUGAUAAUGUAAAAGCAUCGGCCAUUUUUGUAAACACUUUACAUGAAAUGGCAAACAAAGCUAGUUGACAUGAGAGGAUCAAUUACAUUUUAUUGUGAAGUUAUUAGAUGACAUUAUUAAGAGGCUUCACGAAGAUGGACACGAACACGAAACAGAAGGCCAUUUUAUAGUCGAACAGAGGAUAGCAGUUAUCGAAUGCCGGUAGAGGUCGGAGCAGAGGAUCGUUCGAUAUAGAGGGGAGGUCUAUUGCGGUGGCGAAGGGAAUGGAGCAUAAGGAGGGCAUAGCGGACAGGGGAGAAAACUUGCACCGAAAUGCCUUUCCUUAAUGGGCUCUAUAUGGGCGCCGAUCUUCACAUGGCAGAGCCGGGGUUCAAUUCCUAUGUGGACCAUUCCUCACAUAGUGAGGACUGACUAUACGACUAUGCAGUAUCAAUAUGUCUGGUAAGCCAGAAAUAGCAGGCAUGCCCUGGCAGCGCUCGUGUAAAAGCCAGGCAACAUGAUGCGAGAUGCCAAAAAGAUUUCGCUAAAAAGGGGAUAGAAGGGAUAGACGGAUAGGGUCUUGCGAAAUCUAUCCGUCAAAAAGAUUUCGCCUCCUUGAGCUGAAAUCUCGGAAAGAUUUCGCUUCUCUCUAGCCCUCUCUGUCACUUUCCAUGCGUUGCCAUGGUAGUUUUCGGUUGAAGAGAGAGAGAUAAUAUGAAGUGCUCUAAAACACACGGGUAGAUGAACCGAGAUGAUUUUGACGGAAAAAUUUCGCAAAUCCCCCCUUUUUAGCGAAAUCUUUUUGGCAUCUCGCAUCAUGUAGCCUAGGCUUAAGUGCCGUUCCCAUGACAACUGGCUUCUAUUACCAUUUCAUCUAAGGAGCCUCCCAAAAAAGAUAGCUGCUUUUACAUUAUCAACUGAAAACCCCUGUAAUAUCAGAAAAAUAGCUCAACAAAGAGAUGCACACAUAUCGUUGUAUUGCUGUGUGUGUGUUAUAUUACAAACAUGCCAUUAGCUUUAUGUUUCGGGAUGGUUGCAUUACACUUGCUUGUCGAUGGAGUAUUUUUUGUUACCUUUUUAACUGUUUUAUUUAGUGGAAGAAGAGCAAAAGUCACCUAUAGAGUAUCUUACAACAGUACCAACUGUAUUGCGGUGAUGAACGUGUGUAACUGUAGCGUACGUAGUGGCUUUCGAAAUUGGAGGUUUGCGUUGCCCAGCCACGCACACACCCCAUAUGGGAUUCGAAAUGGGACGACGAACAACGAAGGACACCGUAUUUUGAUUCGUUUUCAGCGCAUUGACUACCGAUAGAGUACCGGACAAGUAAAGUUUAUGGACGCGAAUGUGCCACCAAGACAUACGAGGACACUACGACAUAUACGAGAGCGUAAUAUAUUGUUAACACAGUAGUACUUCUCAGCAAAAAAGCAUAAAGAAACUAUGGUACUUUCACGCUCCUUAUUCCUUGCUCUCUUUCCGUUCUUAAGUCUAUUCUAAACCGUACUACACCGUCGUUCAACACGGAUAAUGAUGAUGAUGAUGAUGAUGCAGCUGGGGGUGGGGCUACACGAUAUAUUUAGCAUGAUAUCAACUUUAAACUCCUCGUUUGCACAUGCAAUGGACACGCCGGAGUCUGACAGGGAGUCAGCACGGAACGGAAGCAUUUCAAACGAAAGAUACCCGUGACGGUGGUGUAAAGCGAUCUUUAAAACUUUAAUGGUUAAAAUGCGUCCACUAAAGCUUCGAAUGGUAUUUUUGUAAGGUUUGAUGUGUCGGUGUUCGGCUAGAUAGUGUUUGCACUCAUCAAACUGUGCGAAUCGUGUAGUUGGAGCGUGUUAUCGAACAGCGUUCAUGGCAAUAGAUUACGCGCGCACCACGGUGUACGGGGGGGAUUGGUCUCGUUUCUGUGCGCCUGCUAAGCUAUUUCCUUUUCCCUUUCGUGUGCUUCGUGUGAUUCGAGGAUGUUUUUUGUUUGUUUUUGUUAUUCGUUCGCACAAUAGUUUUAUCGUAAGCAGCAAGAAUUUCAUAUUAAAAGAAAAUUAACUAACCUUUGAAAAAGAAAAGCACAAGCGCAUCCUAUCCGAUAGCGAUUUCAAGGUUCUUCUCAUUUCGAUCGCCGAUAACUAAACGUAUAUAUUAAAUUUCCUAAAUGGUCAAGCGAAAUACUAGCUCUUCGUAUGGGGGUUUUCUAUGGUUCAUCCGCAAACCAGUGCGGGGUUCAACCCGGCUUCCUGCUGGGCUUGUGAUUGCCAUUCUGUAGCCUAAUUGGGCGGCCAGACAGGAGAACUGUGUAGCGUAGUAGAGCAAACACGGAAAUGUGGUGCUGUAAUCGGGGGCCUUGCGUUGGUUCACUUAUCAUGCAAUGUCAGUAGAAUUUGACACUUCCGUUCCACGAGCCUUCCCACACUCAAUCCGCUCAAGGGGGUUGCAAUUUAACGCAUGAUUUUUUUUUUUGCAAGCAC